AUGGUUCAGAAUCCAGUGUUCAUCAAUGGAAUUGCGUUUAAGGAAGCAGUGCUCGACCAUGCUCUGAAAACUGGUAGGAACAUCAAGCAGAAUCGAUAUGACAAGGCAAAGAUUGGAUUUUUAUGUGAAGGCAAAGGUUGCUCUUGGCGCGUCUACUGCUCGGUUUCAGCAAAGUAUCCCAACAAAUGGCAGGUGAAAAUCAUGAAGAAAGAUCAUACUUGUGUUCCUACGGGUAACUGUGAGAUGCUUAAAGUCCCACAAAUAGCUCGCUUGUUUGUAGACAAGAUCAAAGAAGAACCAGAUUAUUUCAUGCCCAUGAAGAUUGAGGAGCUUGUUAUGGAGAAAUGGAAGAUCAAUGUUAGUAGGCCGCAAUGCCAACAUGUUUGGACCAAAGCGCUCAGAUGGAUUGAAAGAGAGUAUGAUAAGCAGUUUGGACGCCUCAGGGAUUAUUGCGCAGAGAUAAGAAGCUCGAAUGAAAAUUCUUCUGUUGAGCUUGACUGUGUGGAAAAUGAUGAUGGGAUUGAGGUUUUCAAGAGAUUUUAUGUCUGUUUUGACAUUCUGAGGAGAAGCUGGAAAGAAACGUGCAUGCCACUGAUUGGAGUAGAUGGAUGUUUCUUGAAGUCUAGGAUGAAAGGGCAGCUGCUAGUGGCUUUGGGUCGCGAUGCCGAUAACGCGAUUUAUCCUAUUGCAUGGGCUGUGAUCAAGGUUGAUCUAGGACUCGAAGAAGGAGAGGGUUAUGUUAUGGUUUCAGAUCGUCAGAAGGGAUUGAUUGCUGCUGUGAAGAGAGCACUGCCACAAAUUGAGCAUAGGAUGUGUGUUAGGCACAUCUAUGGUAACUUGAAGAAGAACCAUGGGAAGAAACCUGAUAUGAAGCUAAAGAUUUGGAACCUUGCUUGGAGCUACAAUGAGGCUGAUUACAGAGCAAACCUCAGAGACAUUGAGAUGUACGAUCAAGAUGUUUAUGACGACGUGAUGAAGUCAAAGCCAGAGAAGUGGUGCAGGGCGUUCUACAAGCUUGGACCUUAUUGUGAAGACGUGGAGAACAAUUCAACCGAAUCUUUCAACAACUCUAUAGGUAAAGCCCGAGACAAGCCCUUUGUACCUAUGUUAGAGACAAUAGCUCGCUUGGCGAUGGUUCGUAUAGCGAAAAGGGAUGUCAUUUGCAGCAGUCACGAAGGGCUUUGCACACCGUAUGUCAUUGAGAUGCUCGAGAGUUUGCAUAAGAAAGCCUCAGAAUCGAUGGUUAGACCUUCCACCAACCAAACGUAUGAAUCCACUACUAGUAACGGCUGUGCACAUAGGGUGAGCUUGGCAAGUAGAACUUGUAGUUGCAGGAGAUGGGAGAUUACAGGGAUCUCUUGUGAGCAUGCCUAUGGAGUUAUGUUGAGCAAAGGUCUAGAGGCUCAAGACUAUGUGGUUCACUGGUUCAAGACACCUAUAUGGAGGCGUACGUAUGCUGAAGGGAUUGUACCAUUGCGUGGAGCAAAGUUUUGGCCCGUAGGACCAGAACCAUCUAUCAUUGAACAUGUGAUCCCAUAUCAACCAGGCUGUAAGAAGGUGACUAAAACGGAUAAAAAGAGGAAGAGAGGAGUCAAUGAAUCACCAUAA